CCUUGUAUACCCACCUACUACAUAUUCGAAUAAAUCUAUUGUUUAGUAAAAAAUAUAGGCUAUGUGGCAGAUGCCAAAUGUCCAUCUAUUUUAAAAGACUACAGUUCCCAUGUGAUAAAAAGUGUGCUCUAAAUUAUGACGUUCACACAACCCACUCAGGUAGCGAAUUUUUGCGGUGACUGCACAGUUUGAACACGCGCCAUGUUGAGUGGAAACAAAAGGUGUCAAUCCCACUGCUCGGUUGCUGGUUAAAUAACAUAGCUAGCAAAAAAAUUAAAUAAGAAACGAGUAUGAGAAGGGAAUUUUGGCGGGGCUGAUUGUACUUGCUGGAGGUUGUUACAAUGUCCCUUCAGGUGUCGUUGGGUCGGGAGACACCCAAGCACUAUGGGAUCACUUCUCCUAUCAGCUUGGCCCAAGCCAAGGAGUCUGACCUGGUCCUCACACACAGGCUGACUGAGGCCCUGAAACCAUACGGGGUGUUCGAAGAGGAGCUGGAACUACAGCGCAGAAUACAUGUGUUGGGGAAACUAAACACACUGGUGAAGGAAUGGAUCCAUGAUGUCAGUGAGACAAAGAAUCUGCCUGCCUCAGUGAUUGACACUGUUGGAGGGAAGAUAUUCACGUUUGGCUCCUACAGGUUAGGAGUUCACACUAAAGGGGCAGACAUUGACGCCCUGUGUGUUGCUCCUCGCCAUGUGGAGAGAACAGACUUCUUCUCCUCGUUCCUGGACAAGCUGAAGCAGCAGGAGGAGGUCAAGGAUUUGAGGGCUGUUGAGGAGGCAUUUGUCCCGGUGAUAAAGCUGUCUUUCGACAGCAUUGAGAUUGACAUCCUUUUUGCCCGGUUAGCGUUGCAAACCAUCCCAGAGAGUCUGGACCUCCGAGAUGACGGACUGCUGAAGAACCUUGACAUCCGCUGCAUCAGGAGUCUCAAUGGUUGCAGAGUUACAGAUGAGAUCCUUCAUCUUGUACCCAACAUCGAAAACUUCAGACUGACUCUGAGGACCAUCAAGCUGUGGGCUAAACGUCAUAACAUCUACAGUAACAUCCUGGGCUUCCUGGGUGGCGUGUCCUGGGCCAUGCUGGUAGCCAGGACCUGCCAGCUCUACCCCAACGCUGUGGCCUCCACCCUCGUACACAAGUUCUUCCUCGUCUUCUCUAAGUGGGAAUGGCCCAACCCUGUUCUCCUGAAGCAGCCAGAGGACUGCAACCUCAACCUGCCUGUCUGGGACCCCAGGGUGACCCCCAGUGACCGGUACCACCUGAUGCCCAUCAUCACACCAGCAUACCCCCAGCAGAACUCCACCUACAACGUCUCCGCCUCCACACGGGCCGUCAUGGUGGACGAGUUCAAACAGGGUCUGGCAAUUACAGAUGAAAUAUUGCAGAAUAAAGCAGAGUGGGCCAAACUAUUUGAAGCACCAAACUUCUUUCAGAAAUACAAGCAUUAUAUUGUGUUGCUAGCAAGCGCCCCCACCGAGAAGCAGCACCUGGAGUGGGUUGGUCUGGUUGAGUCUAAGAUCAGGAUCCUAGUGGGGAACCUGGAGAAGAAUGAGUUCAUAACGUUGGCUCAUGUCAACCCCCAGUCAUUCCCUGGACCCAAGGAAAGUCGGGAGAAAGAGGAGGUCAGCACCAUGUGGGUGAUAGGGGUCAUCUUUAAGAAGAUGGAGGCAUCAGAGAACCUCAACGUUGACCUGACAAUUGACAUCCAGUCCUUCACUGACACGGUGUACCGCCAGGCGAUGAACAGCAAGAUGUUUGAGGCGGACAUGAAGAUCCAGGCCAUGCAUGUGAAGAAGAGACAACUACACCAGCUACUGCCCAACCUGGUCAUGCCCAGACGCAGGAAGCACUCUACAGAGGGGCUUCGUCAGAUGAAUGACAGUAGUCUGGACCUAUCGCUGGACAGUGACAACAGCAUGUCAGUGCCCUCACCCACGGCUGUGCCAGCUGCUGUGCCCAUGUCGACCCCAGUGAAGAGUGGCCCACUAGGUCCCCCUCCCAGCCCUAUCGCGGCUGCAGCCAGCCAGCCAGAGGUCCCAGCUUCCACUAUGGGUCCGCCAGCUGUGAAAAGACCUGGUUCCCCUAUGCAGGAAGAGAGGAAGAGGAUCAAAUCAGACGCAGAGGAGUCAGCCGCUGAGAGACAGCCUUCAGGAGACCCAGUCCCCAGCAGCCAGACCCCCUCUCCUCCCGCCACCAUGGGUGCCCCAGCGGCCCCCCAGACCCCCUCUCCUCCCGCCACCUUGGGUGCCCCAGCGGCCCACAAGACCCUCUCUCCUCCCCCCACCGUGGGUGCCCCAGCGGCCCACAAGACCCCCUCUCCUCCCCCCACCUUGGGUGCCCCAGCAGCCCACAAGACCCCUGACCAGGAGGUGCUGGAAGAGGAGAGCCCUGAGGAGCACCAGAUGGAGGAGGACUCCUCCGUAGUCCCAGAGACGAAGAGGACGGAGGAUAGUGCUGCAGCUACCUCUGUGGAGGCAGAGGUCAACGAGGACAAUAUAUCUGAGGAGAUGGCUGCUUCUGAAGGGGAAGUGAAGAUGGAGGCAGACAUUAAGAGAAUUGUCAGUGCGGAUCUGUCAGACGUGCCUCUCUUGCCAGCCAACCACAUUCCAGUGGUGAAGAACUCCAUCAAGCUUCGUCUCAGCAGAUAGGAGAGGACAGACGCACCUACCCAGCCACUUCGCCCCCCCCAACCCCUGAACGCUACGGUGGAUGUCCUAAUGUACCUACUUGUCUUCCGCCACCGAAUGCCCACAGUACUGCAGACAGACGGAUAGACAGACAGGGCGGACGCACAGGCUACUAGACAGACAGACAGACACAGACAGCGCUCUGUCGACCAGGGACAUUGUCAGUUGACAUGCAGGGCGUAGCUUCAACUAUCUUCACAAGAGGGCGAUGUUACCCUUCUGCUGGAUUCUCCCAGGCAGCGUCCAACCUUACUGGUUCAAUUAAAGGGUAAAAGUUGUCCCAUAGGCACAGAUCUAGGAUCAGCUCACCUUCCCCUGUGUCUUCACCUUAACCAUUUGAGGGGAAAAUACAAAACUGUCCCUAGAUCAGCGUUGAGGCAUCUUCAUCCUACUUCUUCCAGAGCUACUGGAAGGAGUAGGAUGUUGCACAAAGAUGUCACAGUGACUCUGCAGACAGAUGUGCUCACAUACGCCAGUUCUAAUCUGUUAUUUACUGUCUUCUAUAACAGGUUAUAGACGACUGACUACAGGUUAUGUCUGCAUCCCAAAUAUCAUCCUAUUCACUAUAUCAGGGGUAUUCAACUCUUACCCUAUGAGGUCCGGAGCCUUG